AUGGAGAUGAACAACAACAACAACGUGCAAACAGGACGACAAGGAGCAGGCCCAAGCGGAGUUGGUAGCAGCCAGAACCAGCCUGGAAUUGUUAAUCAGGACGCUGCAGCGGCUGCUUUUUUUGGUGCUGGUUUUCCGAGCUAUUGUGCUGCUCCUGGUGGUGCAUUUGUUGACUAUAAUGCUGAGUAUGCUGGCGGUGUUUAUGCUGGCUAUGGAGCUGCUUCUGCCGGUGGUUCCUUUUCCAAUUAUGGUGCUUCUGCUGUGUCUGCCGGUGGUUCCUUUUCCAAUUAUGGAGCUGCUUCUGCUGCGUCUGCCGGUGGUUCCUUUUCCAAUUAUGGUACUGCUUAUGAUGCGUCUGCCGCUGGUUAUUUUGGUGGUCAUGAUGCUGUUGAUGCUUUGGCUGCUGCGUCUCCGGGCUCCUCCUCUCAGUCUUAUAAAGGGAGCAAGAGGCACACUGAACAGCAAGUCGUUGCGAUGAACGACUACUUCAACAACAAUCAGCACCCUGACGAGGAGCAAAGAAAGGAGCUUGCUAGGAGAAUAGGGCUGAACCCUGGACAAGUCAAUGUCUGGUUUCAGAACAAGCGCAGUCAACUAAAGAAGAGCCAAAGAGAACGAGGAAAAAAGGAGGCUGGUCAGAUAGAGAGCAAGAAGGUCCGCGCUGAAAUGGAGGCUCUCCGGUUAGAGAACCAAAAGCUCCGCGCUGGAUAUCCUGACUAUGAGGCUCAACGGUUAGAGAUUCAGAAGCUCCAUGCUGAAAAUGCGCAGAUUCCGAAGCUCCGUGCUGAAAAUGCGCACCUGCGUGAAGAAGCUCAAAAGAGAAACACAUCGGAAUACGCUGGUCGGGGUAAAGGACCACUCUCCCAAGGAAGUAACCUCAACCCCAUGCAAGUGCAAAAUAUAGAUAUGUCGAAAAAGCGUAAAUUACCAGUAGCUGGUGAUUAUCCGGCGGACUCAAUCAAUAUAGCCGCUCCGUUAAGGCAACGAGUGGAACAACUUGUACUUUCAGCUGCGGAGGAGCUAAAAGUUAUGGCUAAUGUUGCGGAAUCAUGGCGGAGUCCGGCCAGUGCUGAUAACGCAACUGGGAGGCUAAUAUUUGAAGCUUCGGGCCAUACAGCUACGGUCUCAAUCCACUCGAAACAACUGCUUAAUGUUCUCAUGGAUGUUAAUGAAUGGUCAUCCACCUUUUCGGCCAUCGUCGCCAGAGCUCUGACACUUGACAUUCUAAGUGUUGGAGAAGAUUUUAACGGAGCUCUUCAACUGAUGACGGCGGAAUAUCAUAUUCCCUUACCAUUGAUCCCCAAACGCGAAUGCUAUUUCGCAAGAUAUUGCACAAAAUAUCGUGCGGGGGUGUGGAUAGUGGUUGAUGUUUCCGUAGACGAUGUACUCCCCAUUCCAGGAAUCACGACCUGCCGAAAAAGGCCAUCAGGUUGCGUGAUAGAAGAAUUGCCAGAUGGAACUUCAAAGGUUACUUGGAUCGAGAACGUAUGUACCGAAAGUAAUAAUGUGAGCAAUAUGUGUGAAGGCAUACUACGUUCGGGUCUGGGAUUUGGAGCCAAGAGAUGGAUGUCAAUUCUACAUUUACAUUGUCGACGUUCUGCAGCUGCGAUUUUCCCCAUUGUUCCAUCAACGGACUUCAGCAAUUUAGUUACGUCGUCAAAUCGAGAAGGGAGAAUCGCGAUACUGAAACUCUCAGAGAGAAUGGUGAACAACUGCUUUGUUGGGAUUACCGGUCCAAAGGCUGGUAAAUGGACUGAGUUGCAGGGCAAUUUUGGUGCAAACAUGAAGUUGAUGAGUAGAAGAGUCAUCGACGAACCUGGCCUACCACAUGGCACCCUGCUAAGUGGUUCCAGCUCUUUUUUUCUACCAAUUCCACCUAAAAUGGUUUUCAAUUUCUUCAGCAGUAGUAGACAACGAUGGGAGUGGGACAUGUUUAAAAUGGGGAAUGAAUAUGAUCUGGUACACCACACUCCUCUUGACCAAGAAGGUAGCAGUGGUGUAACCAACCUGGAGAAGCUACUAGUGCAGGAAAGUUGGAGUGAUCCAGUAGCAUCACAUAUCGUGUUUAGCCUUGUCGAAAAUCAGGCAAUGAAUUGGAUGAUAAAUGGGGGAGAUCCAGAUUAUAUAGCUCUCGUUCCUUCAGGUUUCACCAUAUUUCCGGUUGGACCUGUAUCGGGCACAGAAGGUUCAAGCUCCGGCGGAACUCUUCUCUCACUGUCAUAUCAAUUCGUAAUAAGUCAAUCUCAGACCGAGGACAUGGAUGCACGGGCUUUCCACCUCGCACAGAUGGUUAGAGACAGAUGUCAAAAAAUAAAGGUGGCUUUGGGCGUAGUUGGCCCUAACACAGGAACAUCUUAG